GCCACUAGUGCCAACCAAAUCCAAUAUUUGAAACCCAAGUUACCAUUAAUACCAAUAAAUAUCCCUAUACCUUUGUUGUAGUACCACCAAAUACCUCGAAUUUACAUACUUUGAUUAUUGCAACAUGAACACCAAGGGAACUGAAAGGGUAAAUGAAGAGGGAGCAAUUGAAACCAAGGUGGAUACUAUAGAUAUACAAUCACCACCGGGGGAAAACAAAGAACCCAAGGUGGAGAACGUGGGAGUGGUCCAUUUGACUCAUGAUAGGCCCAAUACUGGCAACAAAGGUGGUGUUUUAGCUGGUGCAGCUGAGGCAGCUACUAAGGCUGCUCAGGCUGUCAAGGACUCCAUGUCAGGCAGCAACAAAUGAAAAACUAUAUACGCAUAUAUGUGUAUUCUCUAUGCCUUUUAUGUUAAAAAAUAAUAAAAACAAGGUUCAUUAGGUGAUGGGUUUUUUAAUUUUAUCUCCAUGUUCUUGGUUUGAGUUCCCAUCCUUUGGAGUAUAAUGUGUCCGUCUUCGUUGCGAAUUUGUAUUCUCUUUAUCAUCAUCGUGAUCGGUGCGAUGGGUCUUUUCGUAAGGGCAGUUUGAGUGCUUUUCCCUGGGCCAUAACAGACAGAAGCCUGAAAAUGAUGACAUGUUCGGCUGUCCAAUUCAAGAUUCUCUUCAAGAUUUAGUUCCAUUCAAGCAAUGAUUCUCUUUAAGAUUUACUUCCAUUGAAGUGUUCCAUUUUUUUUAAAUUCAUUUUUUAAAGCUAAAUUUCAUUAAAAAAUAUAUUGCUACUUUAAAGGUCACAUGAGAGAAAGAAAGUGUGAAGACAAAAGUGUUAAAAAGAACAUCAAACUUGUCAUGAUUCAUUGAUAUUGUAGAAACUUAGACCUUAGAAGACACUCAAGAUCUUAACAUGCAAUUAUUACAUUUAUUGCUUCACUUAAAUAUGAACCCAGCAUCUAAACCAAACACAAAUUUACCAGACACCAACUUCCAAAAACCCAUCUUCAGUAGCACAACCCCUAAACAUACCAGUAGUAUUAAACCCACAAGCCACUUCCCCAUUCUUUGACACAGCAAUAAGACCAGCUUUGCCUUCAUCUAAUCUAGUUUUAAUCACAUAAUCCACCGCUCCAUGAAGAUUCAACCCUUUAUAUUCCAUCACCGCCGCUACUUCCCUAGCCAAAGUGCUUCGUAUAAUGGCUUCACCUUCACCGGUACAUGAAACAGCCACUAAGUCACAAGCAUAAGUCCCUGAACCAAUCAGCGGUGAGUCACCAAUCCUUCCGGUCAUCUUGUUCAUUAAUCCACCGGUGGAAGUAGCGGCAGCGCAAUGACCUUGUUUGUCAACUACAACG